AUGUGGAUGCUGCCCUCAAUAUUCCAUUUGGUUGAUUCAGACGAUGAUGGAAAAUUUGAACUAGAGAAAAUGAGGAGCAUAUUGGAAGAGUCGAUGCUGGAAACGCGCAGCAUGCCCCCCGAAAAUCGACCGCGACUUCCCCGCAUUCCCGUUCUUAACCCAAUGCUGGUGACCUAUUUGGAAGCCAGCUGGGACCUUUGCGAGACGGACUCAAUUUUUUUUGGCGCCGCACUGGCAGUAUGCCGUAUUAUUGGUGCCAACUUCCCAUGGCUGGACGUGCUAGUCGACAAAGUAGCGCCAUCCCAGCCUUGA